AUGAGAAUUUCGACGCUCGUUGCCACUUCCAUUGGUUGCGCGCAAGCAUUCGUUCUACCACAAGCCUUUUUUGAUGCUUUCGCAGCUCCAGCCCCUGUCGCAGACGCGUCGUUGUGGCCGCACAAACCCUACUUUCUAAAGCACAACGUGGACCCAGAUACAUUCCCCGAUGAGAUCCAGCUGGAGGAGCUCAAUGCGACCGCUUUGGAUCUGUACCACAUCGCUGAGUCAUCUAACGGCACUUACGGCCAUCCUACUAGGGUCAUUGGCUCGCCAGGCCACUGGAAGACUUUGGGCUACAUCCUGCACCAGUUCGACCAAAUGCGCGACUACUACGACGUCACAGUGCAAAGUUUCAAGGCCCUCAACGGUAAAGUGUCCCACUACGACCUGAACUACACGAACGGCGAAGCUGUACCAUCUGCUCAGGCUUUCAGCUUGUCCCCCCCUGUCGAACCAUUUGUGGGUACACUAGUCGAAAUUCCUAAUCUUGGCUGCUCCGACGCUGAUUUCGAGGCUCUCGAGAUUUCGAAGGACUCUAUCGCGCUUAUUGAAAGGGGAGAGUGCCCCUUCGGCCAGAAAAGCACUUUGGCCGGCAAGCAUGGCUUCAAGGCUGUAGUUAUCUAUGACAACGACCCUAAGUCUAAGAAAGGUAUCAGUGGCACCCUUGAAAAACCAACAAAGCACACUGUGUCAACUAUUGGGGUUUCCUUUGCUGUCGGCCAAAAGCUGAUUGCGGGCAUUGAACUGGACCCAGAGUUUUCAUUAUUCUUUUACAUGGACUCCUUUGUGAAAAAGGUCAAGACCAAGAACAUUAUCGCAGACACCAAGCACGGUGACCCAGACAACAUUGUUGCCUUGGGCGCUCACACUGACUCCGUUGCAGCUGGCCCUGGUAUAAAUGACGACGGUUCGGGGACUAUCUCGCUGCUUACAGUUGCUAAGCACCUUUCUGAUUACAAAAUCAACAACAAGGUUCGUUUUGCAUUCUGGGCCGCCGAGGAAGAAGGCCUAGUAGGCUCUAACUACUACGUUGAGAAACUGUCGCCUGAAGAAAAUCAGAAAAUCAGACUAUUUAUGGACUACGACAUGAUGGCUUCUCCAAACUACCAAUUCCAGGUUUACGACGCCAACAACAUUGACAACCCAAGAGGUUCUGAAGAAUUGAAGAACCUGUACAUUGACUAUUACACUUCCCACGGCCUGAACUACACUCUAAUUCCAUUUGAUGGCAGAUCUGACUACGUCGCUUUCAUUAACCACGGUAUUCCUGGAGGCGGUAUCGCAGCAGGCGCAGAAGGUAUUAACACCGACAACGGCAAGGUUUUGGACCGUUGCUACCAUGAGCUUUGUGACGAUGUCAAUAACUUGAACUGGGAAGCCUUCUUGACUAACACUCAAUUGAUUGCAUACUCGGUUGCGAACUACGCCCACUCUCUCAAGGAAUUCCCAGAAAGGGAAACGAACACCUCUAGUGUGUUGUCUUCCGCAUCAGCACCAAAGUACCCUUACAAGGGCGGAGCUAACUUGUUGCUCUAA